CUUGAAAUCAAGCGGCAAAUUGAGAUUAAAAGGUGUUUUCAUCAAGUUUGCUUUUUGAUGAAAUAUGAUGCAUUGUGAUACUCCCCUCCACCCAUCAUACUCGAGACAGCUGUUUAGGCAGUGGCAUUCUGCAGACUAUAAGAUCAGUGCUGAAAAUCUUGUCUAUCCUGUAUUUUUGAGUCAGGAACCUGAAUGCGAUCAACUAAUUACCAGUCUAAUUGAUCAACGUCGAAUAGGAUGUAAUCGGAUCAUCGAGUUCCUAUCACCUUUGGUGGCAAAACAUUUGAAAUCUGUAUUGCUUUUCGGAACCAUUAGUAAAGACCAGAAGGAUGCUACAGGAUCAGGCUGUGACAAGUCAAAUUCACCAGUUCUUCGUUCAAUAGAACUAAUCAAAUCAAAAUUCCCAAACCUAGUUGUGAUAUGUGAUGUUUGCCUUUGUGCAUACACUGAUCAUGGUCAUUGUGGUAUAUUACGUAGCGAUGGGUCUGUUGAUGUACCCAAGACUGUGGAACGCUUGGCUGAGAUAUCUACACGGUUCGCUUUAGCAGGAGCUGAUGUGAUCGCUCCUUCCGACAUGAUGGAUGGACGUGUAAAAGCAAUUAAAAUGGCACUUCAAAACGUUGGUCUAACUGAAAAAGUUGCGGUUAUGUCUUAUUCCGCCAAAUUCGCAUCAUGUCUCUACGGUCCUUUCAGAGAUGCUGCACAAUCUGCUCCUUCUUUUGGUGAUCGUCGCCACUACCAACUUCCUCCUGGUGCAAAAGGAUUGGCUAUUCGCGCUGCUAUCCGAGACGCAAAUGAAGGAGCUGAGUUUAUAAUGGUAAAGCCUGGUCUUCCUUAUCUUGAUAUUCUAGGCGAACUUCAUCAGUUACUACCCCACCACCCUCUAGCGGUGUAUCAUGUUUCCGGUGAGUAUGCAAUGUUAAGACACGCAGCGAACGCUGGAGCUAUUGAUUUGAAACAAGCUGCUCUUGAAAUAAUGACCGCAUUCCGUCGUGCAGGUGCCUCAAUUAUCAUAACAUAUUUAACGCCAUACUUAUUAGAUCUUGACUUAUCUGAAGCCUGUAAAUAACAGGUGGUUUCCCGCUAAAUACCCAUAUUAUAUACUUCUGAAAAAUCGUACAGUGAUUAGGUUCUUGAAAUCGUAAGCUCAGAGAUAACUCGGAAACAUUGUUUAUCAUUUUUUCUUUUUUACAAAUUACAUUCUAAUAAUGCCCUCUUUCUAUGAUUUGUUCAUUGUUUCUCUAUUGUUAGCAUCAUUUGUGCUUUUUCAACGUAUAUUUUUUGUCUAUCUUUUGACAUUGUAACCGCGUCUAUCAGAUUGAUCUACAAUAAAUUUGUUAUUCUGUACUACCGAUUGAGCCUACAUUUCACCCUCUUCUCUCUUUUUACUUUAUUGUCAACAAUGAAAAAAAAACAAACAAAAAUAGCUGGAAUUUAUUUUGUUUGUUUUUUCUGUUCUGAGUAUCAUGAAAAAUUGUUUAUUGAUUAAAUUGAUCAUAUGAGAAAUUAUUAUUCUUAGUUGUAUACAACAUAAGUGAAUAUAUAUAUCAUACUUACUUGAAGAGUAGUGCACUUAUAUGCACUGAAGUUUUUCAUUGUGUAUAUAUGGUCGAUUGGUUUUUGCAAGCUGUACACAUUAAACUGUGUGUAGCAAAACAGAUUAAAGAAAGGUUCAUGCAAAUAUACCUUAUAAC